CCAAAAUUAUUAAUGAAUGAUGGUGAUGCUUCGUUUCAAGAUGCAUUUUCACGAGAAAUGCAACAGUAUAAUGUUUCAAUACGUGUUGUUGACCUUUAUAGUUUUGAGAGCUUGGCUUUUAUUAAAGCACUUAAGAAAAGAAUAGCAAUAUUAACAUAUAAGGUCCAAUAUGCUAUAGAGAGACGAUUAACUGAUGGGAAGCGAUCAAGGAUAUUUAAGAGAAUCCUUAAGAAGUAUAUUGAUUAUCUGAAUAACACGGUUAGAUAUUUGUUAAAAGCAGGCGAGUUAGAAGAAGAUCAUAGAUAUAGAGCAACUGAUCCGUAUUGGAACUUGUACGUCUUCAAGAUUAAAAGAGUCGUUAUUGGAAGAAAUCCAUCACAACCAGUCUUAUAUUAUCUUGAGAAUAAACCUAUCGAAUCUACUGCUCAUCUGAUAAGACAAAAUCCCAAAAAACCCUUUAAAUAUGAGAAACUUCAAGACGUCCGAAAGUCCAUGUCUGAAACUGUGUCCACAGGACAGUUAGGAUAUGAACCGAUAUUAAAUAUCUUUUGGCCAGAAUUAACAAGAGAUAUGGUCAGCAUUAAUGCGAACAAAAAGUCCCAGACAUAA